ACAGACCGGUCUCGCGCCAAGAAACGAUGACGACGAGCUCCUCAAUUUUGUCCACCACCGAGAAUCUUCCACGUGUCCUCAUCGUCAAACCUCCCGCCGCCAUGGCUGUGUUGGGCGACAGAUUCGUGGCAUCCACCAAGUUUGAGAUCUUGAAAGCCUUCGAGUCUCCGCUUCCUCUCCCCGAAUUCUUGGCCAAUCACUCCAACUCCGUCUCCGCCGUUAUAGCCCCUCUAGCUGCUCCCGUCACAGCCGAUCUGAUUCGCCUCCUCCCGAAUCUUCGCUUGGUUGUUACUACCAGCGCCGGUGUUGACCACGUUGACUUAUUUGAGUGUCGUCGUCGAGGCAUCUCCGUCGCCAACGCAGGCUCAAGCUUCUCAGAAGAUGUCGCAGAUACUGCCGUCGGUUUACUCAUCGACGUUUUCCGGCGCAUCUCCGCCGCCAAUCGGUUCGUUAAGCAACGGUUUUGGCCACUCAAAGGGGAUUAUCCCCUCGGUUCCAAGUUGGGGAGAAAGCGAAUCGGAAUCGUGGGACUAGGAAGCAUUGGCUCGAAGGUAGCUACAAGGCUCGAAGCCUUUGGUUGCCAAAUUUCAUAUUGCUCAAGAAACCAAAAACCAUAUGAUGUUCCAUAUCAUUAUUACAUGGAUAUAGAGGAGAUGGCAGCUAACAGUGAUGCACUCAUAAUCUGUUGUGAAUUGAAUGAGAAGACAGUGCAUUUGAUUAAUAAAGAUGUUCUUUCUGCUCUGGGAAAGCAAGGAGUGAUCGUUAACGUCGCUCGUGGGGCUAUAAUCGAUGAGGAAGAAUUGGUGAGAUGCUUGAGAGAAGGUGAGAUUGGUGGUGCUGGUUUGGAUGUUUUUGAAGAUGAGCCUAAUGUUCCAAAGGAGCUUUUUGAAUUGGAUAAUGUUGUUUUCUCUCCACAUUGUUCUUUAAUGACAUUGGAAGGUCUUGAAGAACUUGGGAAACUUGUAGUAGCGAAUAAUGAUGGUCAUCGUCAAGGUUGAGCUGGGAAAGUUUGAGUCGUU